AUGUAUUCUACCAUCGCCGGUCAGGAUUGCUGCCGGCUAUCUCAUUUAAUAUAUAAGUUACACACCUGCCUGGACUAUAAAAAUAAGUUAUUGUUGUCAUCUAAAUUAUUUAAUUUUAAGCAUGAAUUGUCGGAUGCAGAGGAACUUCCAAAAAGAGCCCUGACGGCAGUUGAUCCAGAGUUUAUAUACUUGUUGCUGAGAUCCUCGACCAUUUUCAAACUAAUUGGACUGGAACUCACAAAUCUGCUGCUCUCCAACAAAGAAAACGCUACACAUUUUAGGAAGGUCAUCGUAUAUGUAACGAACAUUUUGAAGGAAAAUUGGCCUCGCAAGGAGUUCAAAUACGACGAAUCCACGAAAAUAAUAUCAGAAAAAAUAGGAGAUCCAGAAAUAGUAUGGAUAAGAUUGAUGUAUCAAUGCUUGGAGUGUUUAGAUAGGUUAUCUGAUUAUCUAGGUCAAAAUUAUAUUUUUAAGUACAAAACGUAUGUGACUGAGCUUAAUGAACCCUUGGAAUUUCUAGUGCAUGACAUGUUUGACGUGGCGCUGACAGAUCCAGGUGAUCGAGAUAAAACCUACACAGUAAACGCGAGGGCAGUAGGGUUCGAACAGGACGAGUGUGAAUUGUGUGGUAAAUUGAAUAAUAAGGAAUUCAAGGAGGAAGCGUCACUGCUCCAGGAACUCUACAAGGACCUGGAUUCUCUAUCUAAAGCACACUUGGAUGAGUUGGAAAUGGAAGAUUUGGAAAGCGGCUCACCAGGAGGAGGCGACAGCAGCGAGGAAUCGAUUCCCCUGCCAGAAAUCCUUAAACAGCUGGCAAAUUCGUUCCUGGAAGAACUAAGGGACGGGAAGGAGGAAGCGAGCUUGAAUCUGUUCUGCAUUGAAUUGCUAAUAAAGUUGCUACCGCAUUCCACAAAGGUGGAAUUCGUGGACAAGUGUUUAAAGUCUAAUAACUUUGAUAUACUCAGGGUUCUCAUGGGCACGAUUCAGUCGUUUAACACAAGUUCUAAGUUAAGAAGCAGACUCGAAGUGAGUCAGCUGGAGGAGAUCAACUGGAUGAUGUUCAAGUACUGUGUGGGCCUGAUGGAAUCGAAUCUCACCAGAGAAAAUAUGGCACUGGUCUUGAAUUACAUGAACAAGGCAGUGGAAUCGCUCUGCGUAGGAGACAUAUCGUACGCGGACCUGCUCAAGGUGGCCAAGAGGUGUGAGAUAGAGAUACAUGUGGGACUGGACGAGGUGUUCAGAGCAGAAAAAACCUUAUUUAGUCCACACGCAUUCGAGACGAUGGAGAAGGUGAUGACCAUAGUCUCGGAAGCCGAAGAGCCCUUUGAAACGAUGGACGAGUUCUUUGCAAUAUUCCACAGGAGUAUUCAGCUUCUUUUUGACUACUUCGACAACCUGUACGAAGAAUCGAGGACGACGAAGAACAAGGCUGCGGAAAAAUAUAAGGAGUCGUGUCUGAAGUUGCUCAGUUGUUGGAUGACGCUGGAGCCGAUGUAUUACCAGAACCAGGUAUGUUUCUUUAUGGAUAAGUUGGAAAAAAUAUUGUCACUCUUAAACGAAUUUGAUCUGGUAUGGCUGCUACCGACCUUUAACUUUGUUGAGCUUUCGGACAUGGACAGCGUAAACAGGUUCCUGGAACUGCUGUAUAAGCUUAUCGCCGCAAUCACGAACAUGGAAUCGAUGGGAGAUACAGGAGAAAGAGCGAUGAAAAUGUCAUGUAACCUGGUGACAAGGUUGCACAUGGAUCAAAUGAUUGAUUACGAAAAGAUGCUAAUGACACUGGAUGCGAAGAAUUUUGAUAUGAAGAAGGCCUUAGGAUCCGAGGUGACAACGGAAAAGAACACGAAUGUCCGAGAGGGUGACUGUCCGAGUUACCCAAUAGAGUUCAGAACACCGAUUUGUAUUCAUCUUGGUCUGAAAAGCCUCGCGAGCUACGAGCUCUUAUCGUCGGUAUCUAUCGGAUUGUUGAUAAAGAUGAUCCGAAGCACCAAAGUGGAGUUCGUAAGAAGCAGGCUGGAAGUAGGAUACGAUUUCAAGGCCUUCGACAAAUACCUGACCUCUGAGGUGGACCUAGACAAAAUCGAAAACUUGUGUUACGCAACGGAGGCGGCAGCGUCGACGUGCCUGUCCAGAGUAUACGAAGGAUCCUCAGCAAAACACCUGGAUAACCAGAUCAUGGUGAUAAUAAUGGAACUGGUCGUUCACUUUUUCAUACACACGGCUCCGAGAACGAGAUCGGAGUACCUGGACGACGUGCACAGAAUCAGUCACUACUUCACGCUGUGCAAGAUAUGUAUACUACUCAUGCAAAAUUACUCAACGUUCCUCACGCUGUUCAACUACUCAGUAAAGAAGGUGAGUGUGCGAAGCGUAACGAAUCCGUAG